AUGAGUUAUAUUAAUUGGUGCAUUUGUAAUAAACCUUAUCACAAAAUACCAUGGUAUGUCAAGGAUAGCUAUUACUGGGACAUAGGUUUCUUUAUUUGUUCUCAUGGUUGUUACGGUUGUGUUGGAAGUGACAGUCAAAGCUGUAGAAGUGAGUUGGAAAUUGAAAAUGAUUCUGCCAUUAUCAUUCAGCGAAAUGUUCGAAAAUGGUUGGACAAACGUAAACGAGCCGCACGGGUAAUCACCAACGCAAUUUUAGCCUGGUAUUACAGGCCUGACGGACCAAGGAUGAAAAUUGCCGAAGAAAGUUUUAAAAAUUAA